AUGUCCGUGACUGGCAAACCUACUCACAGGCUCUCCUUCGAGGAGGUGCCCUCAGAAAAUGGCUCUCUGCCCGAAGUCAAGAAGGGCACUGACGCCGAUGCUGCCGACAUGUCGAGAAUGGGCAAGAAACAGGUCCUGAGAAGAGAGUUUCGUUUCAUCUCAAUUGUCGGAUUCAUCUGCAUCCUUCAGUCCACUUGGGAAGGUGCUCUCCUCUCCAACGACCAAUCGCUACACAAUGGCGGCCUGGCCGGUACCGUAUGGACUUUUAUCGUCACUUGGGGCUUCACGCUCUGCAUGAUUGCGUCUAUGGCCGAGCUCGCGUCAAUGGCACCUACCGCAGGCGGUCAGUACCAUUGGGUCAGUGAAUUUGCGCCCCCUUCUCUUGAAAAGCCUCUGUCCUAUAUGGUUGGAUGGAGCUCUUGGCUAGGCUGGGUGUCUGGCAUUCCUUCUUGUGCACAAUUUCUCGCCUACCAGGUUGAAGGCCUGGUUCUUGUCAACAACCCGGAUGCACAUCUCGGAGAACUGUGGCAGAUCGGACUCUUGCUUUUCGCCUUCCUCUUCGUCACCUUUGGUUUCAACAUCUUCCUUUCGCACAAGUUACCGCUUGCUGAGGGUAUCAUUCUCGUGCUUCACGUUCUGGCUUUCUUCGCCUACCUCAUCGUCUUUUGGGUGAUGGCUGAUGUCGGAUCAGCAAAGACUGUCUUUACUGAAUUCUCUAACGGAGGUGGCUGGAGCAGUCAAGGUGUUUCCUGUCUUGUCGGACUGGUCACGCCCAUCUGGUGUUUCAUCGGUCCUGAUGCAGGUGCACACAUGAGCGAGGAGCUACGUGAUGCUUCCCGUGUGCUUCCCAAGGCUAUGAUGUGGGCGACCGUCAUCAAUGGCGCGCUCGGCUGUGUCAUGAUCAUCAGUUUCUGCUUUGCUGCCGGCGACAAUCUGGAAAGUAUCUUGAACACUGGCACUGGCAUCCCUAUCGUGCAGCUUCUGUACAAUGUUACGGGCUCCAAGGCUGGAACAUCAGUUAUGACAGUCGUACUUCUGGUCCUCCAGUACUUCUCGGCCAUCACCACCAUUGCGUCUUCGUCACGCCAGACAUGGGCCUUCGCCAGAGACAGAGGAUUCCCCUUCAGCGAGUGGCUCAGCCGUGUGGACCCUCGCUGGGAUGUCCCUGUCAAUUCUCUACUGCUUUGUCUUGUCGUCUCCCUCAUCCUCGGCGCCAUCAACUUUGGCUCCGAAGUCGCUCUCGAUGCCAUCAUGUCCGUGUCCAAUUCAGCACUGUUGUUCAGCUACAUCGUCUGCAUUGGUUGCGUGCGUCUGAAGCGCUGGCGUGGACAGCCUCUUUUACCCCGUAGUUUUGACUUGGGUAGAUGGGGUGCUCCUCUCAACGAUGCCGCACUGGCUUUCUUGGUUGUGGCAUUCAUCUUCUCGUUCUUCCCUGAGGAUGUGAACCCUGAUGCGCCGGACAUGAACUGGGCGAUUGUCAUCUGGGGUGCCAUGUGGGUGAUGGCCGGUAGCUACUACUACUUUGGCGGCUCCAAGAAGUAUGUUAGCCCUGGCAGUCUUGUCAAGAAUAUGUAA